ACUUCACAGCGCGAUCUCGGCAGAGCGCUCAUCACGGUGCGUGCUGCUGUUGGCUGAUCGCGCGCGCUCACUCACUCUCUCACUCACUCUGUUACACGUCUCGUGCACCACCACUGACUCCACAGCCGCGACCAGUUUUCCCGUUGACCCAAUGAGACAACAAGACACGAAAGUCAAGGUACCACGGUGAGGGAAUCAAAGUGAAAGAUGGACGAAUGAUGACAGCACGGUCAGCUGGCUCACCGACAGACAGGAGAUCCGCUGUCGCAGAGUACAGGCAGCAGCAGCAGCAGCAGCCGAGGGAGGAGGAGGAGGACAAGGGACGGAGGAGAGAGCGGAGCAGUCACAUCUGCUGUGACUUUGGGGAUUUCUCUUCGGCGAGGUGGGGAGGAAAAAGGGAGUCACCACCUUAUUCUUUCGGAUGCUGAAAUUCAGAGUUGACAUGUGUCGGAAUUACAGUGGGGGGGCAUUCUGAGGAUUUUGGACACCUUAAGUCAGUUAGUUUGUGACAUUUCUUCUGUUAAGGUAACGUGAUCUGAAGCAUCCUCUGAGAGCGUUUGGUCACCCUGGGCGCAGUGUGGAUUUAUUUUGGGGGUAAAGGAGGACGGGUUUUUAAGAGGGCUAUACCCCCACCUCCUCCUCCCCUUACAUAAAUGUUUGCGUGCCGUUAGUGCUCUCGUUCUCGGUCGACCCCCCCACCCCAUCCCCCACCCCCCUCUUUCCCCCUGAAUAGGUUCGCUGAGGCUUACUGGCAGACAGACGCAUCGCAUACGCACACAUAGACACACAGACCUAAACACUUCCACGCGCACGCACGCACACAUAUAUAUCUCAUAUGCAUACGUAAUUACACAGACAGACCUUACCACCCUCACCCACCUCACCCACCACCAACCCUCUCACCCCCCACUAUCUGAUGACUCCCCGGCGUAGAGUUGGACGUGGUACGGAACCGACUGUAGCAUCAUCAUCCUCAUCCUCAACACCACCACAGUCAUCAUCACUAUCCUCCCCCUCUUCCUCACUACCAUCACCACCAUGUCCUCGUCGUCGCGCAAGAUCUCCUCCGAGUCGUUCAGCAGCUCGGUGGGCUCGGACUGCGGGCUCGAGAGCCCCGGGGGAGACGGAGGGGACGGCGGUGUGGAGGCGGCGGAGGAGAGCCGGGGAGGCUGCCCCUUCUCCUCGUUCCCUUCCUCCCACAGAGCGGCGCUCUGGAACGGCCGCAGCCCCGCCGAGAGGUCGGUGUGCCCCGCGGGUGAGGAGCAGCAAGGACCCCACAAGAGGGUCACAAGGAGGAGACGGGUGAACCUGGACUCGCUUGGAGAGAGCCUAAGGCGACUGACAUCACCAAUGACACAGACUGUUCAGGAGGCUCUACAAAGAACUCUCCAGUACUACAGACAACAAGAGAUCAGGUGUCAGGAGGUAGCCAGCGAGGAGAGAAGAAAAGAGAGAAGAGAAGAGAAGUGUCCGUUCCUGGAAAACUCCGGCUCUGAAGAAGAUGUCUUACAAAUCCUACAAUAUAUGGCCACCAUUCUAGGAGUACCAUUCUGUGAGCUGAGAGAGCACUUUGGAGAGGAGUUCUUUGGCCUUUGCUUUGAAGAAAAUGAACGAGUUCUUCGAGCUGUUGGAGGCAACCUCCAGGACUUCUUUAAUGGCUUUGACGCCAUUUUGGAACACAUUCGCACCUCCACGGGGCGGCGUGCCUCAUCUGAGAGCCCCUCUUUCCAGUGCAAGGAUCCCCAAGAGGAGGAGACAGGGAGAAGAAAAUUGGACAAGGUCGGAGAGCGAGGAGACACAAGAGGGAAGGUGUUGCUUCUUCAUUGUUUCAACCCGGCCCCAGUUGUUGGGUUGGUAAUGCCUGGGCUGAUCAGGGCUGUUGCCAGGCGGAUUUUUCAUUCAGAAGUUGAGGUAGAAGAAGUGCCACCUCUUACUCCCUUAUUACCGAAUGAAGAUACAGAACAUGCAGAUGGUGACUCCACAACCCCCACACCGACUGCAUCCCCCACUGGCUCACCCUCGUCAUCCCCCUCCCCUCCGUCUCCUUUCCAAACCUCUGUACCCACAGUUUGCCUGUCCUUCCAAAUCACAGAGAUGUGUCCUCCUUCCCUUUCUUCUUUCCCAAAUGCAAACGCUGGUCCCGUGUGCAACAAACGGCCCCCGCUUUCCCUCUCCACUAAUCCCAGUGAUCUGCGCAUUGGCCUGGCCACGUUUUGCCGUGCCUUUCCGUUUCACCUGGUCCUUGGGCCUCGCAUGGAGCUACUUCAGCUGGGAGAAGGACUGAGGAGACAGACUCGCAUUGAGCCUCACCGCAGCUUCGCGUUCAGGGACUGUUUUGAGAUUGUCUCACCCAAGAUGGAGCCAUCGUUCCAGGGCAUCCUACUGAGGCUUGCAUCCCCAUUUACCAUCCGGACCAGGCCUGAUACUACACAGACGGGUACCAAGGAAAAGGUCAUGGAAUUAAAGGGUCAGAUGAUCCAUGUGCCUGAGUCAUGCUCCCUGAUGUUUCUGGGCUCCCCACGUGUUGAUAAGCUAGAGGAGCUGAUGGGAAGGGGCCUCCACUUGUCAGAUAUCCCCAUCCAUGAUGCCACGCGAGACGUUAUCCUGGUGGGGGAGCAGGCCAAGGCCCAAGACGGUUUAAAGAAGAGAAUGGACAAACUUAAGGCCACAUUAGAGCGGACUCACCAGGCACUAGAGGAGGAGAAGAGGAGAACAGUGGACCUUCUUUAUUCCAUAUUUCCUGGUGAUGUGGCACAGAAACUGUGGCAGGGUCAGCCAGUGCCAGCUCGCAAAUUCGAUGAUGUCACUAUGUUGUUCUCGGACAUUGUGGGCUUCACUGCUGUUUGUGCGCAGUGCACACCCAUGCAGGUUAUCUCCAUGCUGAAUGAGCUUUACACACGCUUUGACUACCAGUGUGGCAUUCUGGAUGUGUAUAAGAUCGAGACAAUAGGUGAUGCCUAUUGUGUGGCAGGAGGACUUCACAAGAAGGUUGACAGUCAUGCAAAGCCGAUUGCUCACAUGGCUCUGAAGAUGAUGGAACUUUCUGAAGAAGUGCUGACACCUGAUGGGAGACCUAUAAAGCUAAGGAUAGGUAUCCACACAGGCUCUGUGCUGGCAGGCGUGGUCGGGGUUAAAAUGCCACGGUAUUGCCUCUUUGGAAACAAUGUGACACUGGCCAGCAAGUUUGAAUCUGGCAGCCAGCCUAGGUGCAUCAAUGUUAGUCCCACGACUUACCAGUUGCUGAAAGAUGAUCGUUCUUUUUCAUUCGUCCCUCGGUCACGGCUGGAGCUUCCAGAGAACUUUCCCAAAGAGAUCCCAGGGACAUGUUACUUUCUGGAGGCGGGGACAUCCCACAGCCAUGCCUCACUGACCAGCUCUCGCUCUGCUCCCCCGGCCUCUAUGAGGAAAGUCUCCUACAGCAUCGGCACCAUGUUUCUAAGAGAAACAAGUUUGUAGGUCCCGUACACAGACUCGGAUACAAGAUAUUCAUUUUGUGAGAGGCUGAAUUUGAACUUCUUCAAACGUUCAGGAAAUAAAUCUCACAGAUCCUUGGAUAUGCAAAUGCAUUAUGUGAAAACUUGGAUACGUACCUGUGGAAUGGUCUAUAUGAAUGAUUACUAAAAAGAUUCUCACAUCAUGGGUACAAAAACGAACUAAAUGCCCUCAUCUUCCCCAAGCAAGGGAGAUAUGCUUCAAAAGACUUAAAGAACAGCAACUUUGCUAGUUUCACACAGACUCCAAGAACUGACAGGGUCAUUUAGCAGAGAGACCUUAAUUUAAAACUUGAUCUAGCUGGAUUUUUCAGCUUCAUACCUGGUUUCUAACUAUCUCCAUUGGCCCUUUCUCCCAGCUUGUACCCUGACCUGGAGCUAGAGUCAGGGGGCUUCAAGAAAACCUGGACACAGACCAGUGCUGCACUUGUUAGGCAUCAACAGAAUUGCGUAGAUAGAACAAAUCUACUGUACAUUAACACAGUGGAUGCCGAGGAAUGAGGAUGUAUGAACUCUCAGAAGUUAGCAACAUUGCCACAAAUGUUUGCUUUGCAUCAUGGCCUCUUGUACAACAAAGUCCACUGCUGAAGAACAAUACAGCUCCCCGUCCUCCUCCUACAGCUGUUGCUAAAUCUUGUCAUGCUUUACCAAACUUGAUUCCAACAUCUGCUGCUCGUUACAUCAGCCUACAGUAGGACCAGGUAGUUGGGCUUGGGAGACACAAUGAGAGGCAUAGACGCGUUGAUACAGAGAUGGGGGUCAUCAACAGAAGAAUGCCAAAAAUGCUAGUACUAAGCUAAUCUUAGAGCCUUUACUGCUUAUAACCCACAGCAAACUAUAGCCAACAAAAAUCCAGCCAUGUCAUCGCAAGUAAUACAUUUAAGACUGACAAUUAUACCCAGCUUUGUGCCUUUUUACAGCUCAAACCAGAACACAUACAAGAUGGACUCAUUCAAAAUGUUUGAACAGAAUAAAACACGAUGAGCGCUUCUUUUAUCUUACGCUUAUUAGUUUAAAUUUUUUUUCUUGACAACAUUUCAGUUCAGCUACAGUUGAUUGUGAACCUUUUGAAUGAGGUUAUGUCAUGUGCCAAAGGUUUUGAGUCACAUUUAAACCUGUGAUGUCAGGUUAUGGUAGGCGCCUUAUCCCACCAAGCUACCAGGACACUAGUUGUAUCUUUCUUUUUUGAGACAUUCACGGUUGGCAGGCAAGAUAAAUCAAGCUCUCCUCAAACUGUUCAAGCAUUUUAAAUUCUGUUCUGUUGUCCAGAUCUAUCAAUAAUACACAGAAAUAGCAUCAACAUUGUAGUACUCACUUAAACAUAAUCAUAGUGUGCAUGUUCGACAUGGUUCACAAUGAAAUACAUUGACAUACAUUAUUGUUUUUAUCUACACUGUUUUUAACCAUGUGGAUUAUAAAAAGUAUUCACUUGCCCCGUGCAAAUAUAAGGGACAUAAUAAACUCAGCAGGAACCUCAGGCCUCAGCAUAACUUGGUAGUUCAGUAACCCAAACAGGAAGAAGUUCUGGCCCAAGAUCAUUUUUAACAUAAAAUGGGGAAUGGGUAAAAUGUUUCAUAUUUUACAGAUGAGUCAAAUUUGGAUUAUUAAGGUCACUCAGUACGUGGCUUUCAGAGUCAUAACAUAGUGACUUAAAUAGAAUACUAAUGAUAAAUUGAGUUGGGGUAUUGUCUCACCCUGUUGGUAUUCCACGUUACAUAACCACCUGAUUUAUUUUUAUGUGGUUUAAGUUUCUGAUAAGAUAACUAUUUGACUUACCAAUGAUAACACCUUCAGAAAGUAAAACAAAUACAUUUUAUAUGAAAGAAAAAUCCAACACAGAUUAACUUAAAUUAACUUUUAAACAAACUUAACUCCAGCAGGAAUGCAAGAGGAGCAUGUUGCCAGGUCACUACAUCUUGCCAAAUAAUACACUAAUUAAUGAAACUCUGAAGAUCAAACAAAAUGUGCCAACUGAAGUCUAAGACAGCACCAGCACAGGCUAAUAUCUGCUCUAAUGUUAAGGUGUUGUACCUGCUCUCUGUUUCAAGGACCUUGGCAGGGAUUCAUCAGGAACAUGUGCUGGCUGUGCUAUGUAAAACCCUGUUUGAAGGAACACAUCAGAGAGGUAACUUACUUCUACCAAACAGACUCAUGACCAUCUGGGAGGGUUUCACCCAGUAACAGGCACUGUACCAUCUGACUGACAUUAACACCAGCAUAACAAAGCAAUGUGCCAUGUUCAAGCAAGGAUGGGAGGAUGGAAUAUAAUAACAUCAACAAGAUUAUCUGUAGCCUUUCUGGCUGUUUGAGCCAGAGAUGUGCUAAAAGUGCCAGGAAACUGGGGUCAAGGGUCAUUAUUAUCAUAAAUUAUCAAAUUCUCUCAUCCGAUUCUGUCCGGGUUAGAGAGCUUGUAUCAUCAUACAGACAUUUUAGAAUAUAUUUUUCAUAGUCUUAUCCAUAUUUGAUGUAAAUGAAAUAACUAUAACCUAUUUUUGAAAUAGUUCCCUGCUGCUUUAAAUAUUCAAAGAAUUAUAGGACUAACAUGGACGUGACAGCUGUAAGAGAUGAAUCCAACCAUUAACCACAUGUGAUGGGGUUUUUAGUUUUUACCAACAAAAGUAUCAACUUUAAAACUGGGUGCAGUUGUUUAGGGUUCAAUCAGAUAUUUUUAAACCAAUAUCUCUUUUCUAAGUGUAAAUGGUAACUAAAGACAAGUUGUGACCUAGAGUCUCAAACAGUAUACAUUUGAUUUUUGAGCUUGCUACACCCUUUUGAAAGCAGCAUAAUGCUAACAGUGUAUUGAUAACAAAACUAAAAAGCUUCUUUUUAAAAAAGGGAUUGUAACAUUCUUUUUUUUUUGUGACAUUACAGUGAACCAGAAUCCACAACACCCAAUGGGAAAUCUGAGACAACACAUUCUGUAUUUUUCCACAUUACUGACUCAGAAUAAUACCACUUUGACAUUUCUCUUUGUAGUAAUGUUGAUGAGCUGGCCAAGAAAAAAUACAAAGGUCAAAUACACCAGAGAGUGGUUUAUCAAGUUCUCCCAGAGCUUGGGGAAGUUUCCCACAUCUGGGAAUCCCCAGAGCUGGGAAAAUUGAUAGCAAUUAUCCUUUUCCCUUAUAAUAAACUAAAGUAUAUUUUUCAUAUGCUGAGAGCCACAUGGGCUAUUUUAUAAAAAUCUACAGUUUUCAGAGCAGUACCUAAAGUCCCACAGGUCUAUUUUAGUUUGAUGGAAAACCCCGUAUGGACAAAAUGACUAAUAGGCGGUCUCUUGAGCAUCAGCAUAUUACAGGGGGCUUAACACAAACCACAGGACAAGGAACAAUGUGAUGUUACUGUUUAAGAGGUAAUAUGGCAACACAAUUUUUAAAUGAUACAUUAGGAAAAGUGGACAAGAUGACAUAUAUAUGAAUAAAAAUAAUGAUGUGCCAAUCAUUAAUCUGGUUUGUUAUUAGUGAUAGCCAUUGUUGCUAGCUAAGGCGAUUAGCUACCUUUAUAAACCUUUUGUACUUUCUUCUGUGAUCAUGAAGGACUUAGUCUGACUAUUUAGUUGUUACUCAAGGUUUAAUUGAAUUAUAUUAUCCCGCAAAAAAUAAAAGUGCAAAAAAUCUACAAUGAGGAAAGUUCAGUGCAUGUAUGCUGUUAUUGCAUCAAGCAGUAAAAAAAGGACUACAUUUCCUGAGUGUCUUUAAGGCAGGUGAACCACUCUCAUGUGUAUUUCACAGUGAUGUCAUUAUUUGGGGUGAACUUUCCUCGGACAGCCUUUCACAUGUACUGACACACAAUAAAUCCCUGACAGCAACCUUGGUGGUAUUCCAUGAUACGUAAAUGCAUUCAUGUGUCCUUGUACUAAAUCUGUUAUAGCAUAAAUGUAGUUUUUUACAUUCAACUUCAGCAGUGCCUGAAUUCUGUAUCUUGUCUAAAUCAAGGACAUUACAUCAGCGUUACACCCACGCAACUUGUGUGCACUGCUCACAUCUCCAAGUCUGAAAAUUCUUGGCAUUGUAUUAGACGUUUGGUGGUAGAAGUCUUGCUGAUAUGGUGCAGAGGCGUUUCAGGUACUAGUUCUCUACAGUGUUGUCAGUCGCGGACUGUUACACUGCAGUGCAGACUGUGGUUCAGUUAAACAAAGACAUCCCAACUGAAGUGGCAAUACCACUGAGCUGUACUGACUGUGUCAAAUAUAGACACAUGUUGCCAUGAGCUGUAGAUAAGUGUGGGAAGGUCGAGUGAGUUUGGCAGUGUACAAGCUUUUUAAUUUUGUAUUAAAGGCCUGUGGUACCCAUAACAAUUUAGUACAUUUAAUAUCUAUUUAUAAUAUCCAAAAUGAAGAGCGGAAAUUGUAAUAAAAUUCAUAAAUGUUUUCUUAAGUAUAAUUCACAAAGUUAUUUCACAUUGUCAUAAUUUUCACUGCUUUGUUUGACUUCUUUUUCAGCCUGACUUCAUUUGUAUGUGUGCUAUCAAAAAUUAGGUUUAAAUUGAACAACAUGACAGUAUUUAACAGAACCAGCUUGCUGUAGAGUCAUGCCUUUGUUAUUUAAAGAAAACUAAGAAAAAACUUUAUUGUCAUUUUUUUCAGUCCAUAUUAAAUUUGAAUGAAGUAUUUUGUUUAACUGAAUGAAAAUGAUAUCAUUUUGAUUGAAAGAAAGCAACUAGACAUGGUUAUUUUUGCAGGACAUGUGGUCAAAUGUGACAAAUGGUCCAACCCCCUUCCCCCUGCCCCACCCCAAAACCCAGCUUAGUCCAAGUUGAUGGGAAACUGGUCCCUAUUUGUUUGACAAAAACCUGAUUUGAAUAGCAGAAACAAACAUGGCCUAUAAUGUGUCAUACAUGUCCAGGGUCCUCCUCAUGGAUGUGCAUUAAUCUGAUCUACAAUUAAUCAACAUUUAAUAACUUCACUCACAGGAGAAUAGUAGCUUCCAUUACAUUUGUUCACCAGCUAAGUUUGAAACCAAUAUUUAAUACUUGUAUUUGUGAAAUUUUACAACUUAUUAUUUUACUGGCAUUUCUCUGUUGGAGGUACUGUGCGGUGUCAGAAAUCGGGUCUGAGUUUUUGUAUUUUGACGCCAUGUUGUAAACAUACAGAGCCAACCCUGGACAUGAACUCAGUUUGAGCCUGUGUUUGAAAUUGUGUGUGUGCUGAAGAGGCUUGAUGACUGCUGUUGGUUUCUGACUGACAUUAAGGGCACAUCUUCUGUCUUAUAUAAUGUAAAUAAAAACACCAAGUAUCUUUAAUAAGGAAAAA